AUGCCUUUGAAGACCAUGUAUAAAAGAUGUCGUAGCAGUGUGUUCCCAAGUGGAUAUAAAUCAAACGGGGGCCCUCAGUGGGUGUCAGUCCUGGAUUUAGCCAUGAAGCUAUUGCUUUUUACCUUCCUGUGCACCUUGGGCCUCUGCGCUGUCGUGUCACCCAGCACGGAGGACGCCCUGGAGCUUGAGGCUAAUGGGAGCAUUGCGACCUCGUCUUCGGAUCAGAAUGAGAUUGUGAACAAGCAUAAUACUCUCAGAAGAAAUGUCAAGCCAACCGCAAGCAACAUGCUGAAAAUGAGUUGGAACAGCGAGGCUGCAGCCAAUGCUCAAAGGUGGGCCAACACCUGCUCUAUGAAUCACAGCACCUCCAGUCAAAGAAUUAUCAGUACAAGUGGCUGUGGAGAGAACUUGUACAUGGCAAGCAACAAAAACAGCUGGAGUGACGCCAUCCAGUCGUGGUAUGACGAGGUGAAUGACUGGCGCUACGGAGUGGGUUCUGUCAACGGAAAAGAAGUUGGACAUUUCACACAGGUUGUUUGGUACAGGUCCAAUCAGAUUGGCUGUGCUAUCGCCUACUGUCCCAACUCUGAUACGAAGUACUUCUACGUCUGCCAAUACUGCCCACCUGGAAACUACCAGCUCACUCACCCUUACAAAUCAGGACCCAGCUGUGGUGACUGCCCCAAUGCCUGUGACAACAAGCUGUGCACCAACCCAUGUCUCUUCACUGACAAGUACAGCAACUGUCCUGACCUGAAGCAGCAGUGGGGCUGCAAAAACCCUAGUGUGAAAUCUUGGUGUCCUGCCACCUGCAAGUGUGACUCUCAGAUUUCCUAA